AGUGUGAAGACGCCUUAAAUUCAUUCUACAAACUCCUGCCCCGUAAAAGCCAUAGGCGUUUCGUAAUUAACUUUAAUUUUCGCGUUGAAUCGUUGAAUUAGCAUUUUAAAAGUAUUCCAAACUUUAAUCACGUUCAUAAAAUAUUGAAAAAACAUCAAAACGAAUAAACAAAUAUGAGCGAUUACAAUACACACGACUUGAAACUUGAGAUCGGAAGCGAUUUACUUCGACGACAAUUUGAUCCCACCGCUCAUGAUCUGGAUGCUAAUUUCCGUUUAACACGCUUUGCUGAUUUGAAAGGGCGAGGAUGCAAAGUUCCUCAAGAUGUUUUGAAUAAAUUGGUCGGAUCACUUCAACAGGAUUACACAUCCCACGAUGAUCAAUUCAUGCACAUGGCCAUACCAAGAAUUGGUAUCGGCCUCGAUUGUUCCGUUACUCCUUUACGACAUGGGGGAUUGUGUCUCGUUCAAACAACCGAUUUUUUCUACCCUAUUGUCGAUGAUCCUUACAUGAUGGGAAAAAUUGCAUGCGCUAACGUCCUCAGUGACCUUUAUGCAAUGGGAGUCAUUGAAUGCGACAAUAUGCUUAUGCUCUUGGCUGUCAGUACAAAAAUGACCGAAAAAGAACGUGAUGUAGUCAUUCCUUUAAUUAUGCGUGGAUUCAAAGAUUCGGCAUUGGAAGCUGGCACGUCUGUAACUGGUGGUCAAAGUGUUGUUAAUCCAUGGUGUACAAUUGGAGGGGUUGCAUCAACAAUUUGCAAUCCAAAUGAUUACAUUGUACCCGAUAAUGCAGUUGUUGGUGACGUGUUGGUUCUUACAAAGCCUCUUGGAACACAAGUCGCUGUUAAUGCCCAUCAAUGGUUGGAACAACCGGAACGUUGGAAUCGAAUUAAGUUGGUUGUUUCUGAAGAAGAUGUUCGCAAAGCAUAUCAUCGUGCCAUGGAUUCAAUGGCUCGUUUAAAUCGAACAGCAUCGCGUUUGAUGCACAAAUACAACGCCCACGGUUCAACUGACAUUACAGGAUUCGGUUUGUUGGGACACGCUCAGACUCUUGCAUCGCAUCAAAAGAAUGAAGUCUCGUUUGUCAUUCACAACUUACCAGUUAUCGCUAAAAUGGCAGCAGUUGCAAAAGCUUGUGGAAAUAUGUUCCAAUUGUUGCAGGGACACUCAGCUGAAACAUCUGGUGGACUUCUCAUUUGUUUACCACGCGAACAAGCUGCUGCCUAUUGCAAAGACAUCGAGAAACAAGAAGGAUAUCAAGCAUGGAUUAUUGGCAUUGUUGAAAAAGGAAAUCGCACAGCACGCAUCAUUGACAAACCUCGCGUCAUUGAAGUUCCAGCAAAAGAAUAAAGCAGCCUCCUCUUCCUCCCUUGUUUAAGAAGUUUAAUUCAUUUGAUUCACAUCUUUGUAGUCUUAGAAUUUAUUUAGUUUCCCAAAAGAUGAUUUACCUUUUUCCCUUUCUCAUCAUUUAUUCAUUUUUUCCCACACUCACAAAUUAUAUUAGAAAUUAAGCGACUUUUUAAUAAUCUUUAAAAUUCUUGCUUCCCUUUGAUAAAAAUUUGAUGACAUUAAAACUAUUGAGCAUUAAUAAAAUAAUUAUUGAAAAUGGUGUAAAAAA